AUGGGAGGAUUAUGGAUCAGCGCCCACGCCGACAUCAUGGAGGAGGAGGGGUCAGCGCACAGCGGCAGCGCCACCUGGCGCUCUGUCCCGCAGGAACUGCAGCACCCCUACUCCAAGUUCUCUGACUGGAAGUUCAAGCUCUUCCGGGUGAAGUCCAUGGAGAAAGCGCCCCUGCCAGGUGACGCCCAGCCUGCUCCGGCUCCAUCACCCCCAGCGCCGCAGCAGUCUGAGCUGGAGGUCCCGCCCGGGAGCCCCACUGCCAGCGUGAUGAGGCUGUGCCUCGGGGGAAAGAGCAAGGAGAGCCUGGAGAGCGCGGGCGCCCGUGUGGACCGUAAGCUUCAGGAGAUGGACACCCACAUGGGCCACUUGAGAUGCCUGUGCCGCCUGUGUGGGGUGGCGCUGCGUAAAGUCAAAGGUGGAGCGGAGCACAACGUCCAGGGGCCGCUGGACGAGAGCAGCGGGAGCGCCCUGCGCAGGAUGGGCUGCAAGGCCAAGACAUGGCCGGAAGUCGUCCUCAAGGUGUUCAAGGUCGACGUGACAGGGGACAUGGAAACGGUGCACCCCCCCUUCUUCUGCCACCGCUGCUGGAAGGCGGCGAUGCGCGGCGGGGGUUUCUGCUGUUUCUCAGGGACCCGGGUCACCCGGUGGCAGCCGCACUCCGCCCUGUGUCGCCUCUGCUUUCCCAGGAAGCUGUCCCUGCAGCGCAGCAGCCGCAAACGAUGCAAGCCGAGCCGCGCCGGUUCCCAAUUCGUCCGAGCCAAGAAGAUGAAGUCCGAGUUCUUCGAUCACGGCUUUGGUAGCGGUGCCGGCUGGCAGUGGCGGAGCGCAGAGCACGGCGCCAACAGCAAGCCCUGGGUGAAGCCCAGCCUCCAGAGGGCGCUGUGGGUGAGGAAUGUCACCGGCUGCAAGAACAUCCACCUGAGCUCCAAGCUGCUCUUGGAGGACUUCCCGACGGACUUCCUCCGUGCCGUGACCUGCCAGGUGUGCGACCACCUGCUGGCCGACCCCGUGCAGUCACCGUGCAGGCACCUCUUCUGUCGCACCUGCAUUCUCAAGUACAUCCGUGCCCUGGGCCAGCGCUGUCCACUCUGCACCUUUCCCUGCGCCCCCAGCGACCUGGUGACCCCAGCCAAGGCCUUCCUGGGUGUCCUGCAGUCGCUCCUGUUGCGGUGCCCCAGAGAAGACUGCAGGGAAGCAGUUCGGCUUGAGUCCUUCGGGUCUCAUUGCCGCGGCCACCAGGAGGCCGAUGAAGAGGGCGAUGGGGGGCAGGGCCAGACCUUCAACAGCUAUCUGCCCGUCAACAAAGGCGGCCGCCCCCGGCAGCACCUGCUGUCACUGACCCGACGGGCCCAGAAGCACCGCUUGAAGGAGCUGAAGAACCAGGUGAAGGCAUUUGCCGAGAAGGAGGAGGGCGGUGACAUCAAGUCUGUGUGCCUCACGCUCUUCCUGCUGGCGCUGCGGGCGGGAAAUGAGCACCGGCAGGCGGACGAACUGGAGGCCAUGAUGCAAGGCAGGGGUUUCGGACUGCAUCCUGCCGUGUGUUUGGCAAUACGGGUCAACACCUUCCUGAGCUGCAGCCAGUACCACAAAAUGUACCGCACCGUGAAAGCCACUAGUGGGCGCCAGAUCUUCCAGCCCCUCCACACUCUGCGCAACGCUGAGAAAGAGCUGCUCCCGGGUUUCCACCCCUUCGAGUGGCAACCUGCGCUCAAGAACGUGUCCAGCGCCACAGAUGUGGGCAUCAUCGAUGGGCUCUCGGGCUGGGCUGCCUCUGUGGAUGACGCGCUGGUGGAGACCAUCUCACGGCGCUUCCGCUACGACGUGGCCCUGGUGGCGGCCUUGAAGGACCUGGAAGAGGACAUUGUGGAAGGGCUGAAGGAGCAUAGCCUUGAAGACUCGGCCUGCACCGCAGGGUUCAGCGUGGUGAUCAAAGAGUCCUGUGACGGCAUGGGUGACGUAAGCGAGAAGCACGGGAACGGUCCGGCGGUGCCCGAGAAAGCUGUGCGCUUCUCCUUCACAGUGAUGUCGAUCUCUGUGCAGCCCGAGGGCAGUCAGGAGAAGUUCACCAUCUUUCAAGAAUCGAAGCCCAACUCGGAACUGUCCUGCAAACCGCUCUGCUUAAUGUUCGUGGACGAGUCUGACCAUGAGACCCUAACGGCCGUGCUGGGCCCCGUUGUGGCCGAGCGCAACGCCAUGAAGCAGAGCCGCUUGAUCUUGUCCAUCGGGGGGCUGCCUCGAUUCUUCCGCUUCCACUUCCGAGGAACAGGCUAUGACGAGAAGAUGGUGAGAGAGAUGGAGGGCCUGGAGGCCUCUGGAUCCACCUACAUCUGCACCCUGUGUGAUUCCACGAGGGAAGAGGCAUCCAAUAACAUGGUGCUGCACUCCAUCACCAGGAGUCAUGCAGAGAACCUGGAGCGCUACGAGAUCUGGAGGACCAACCCCUUUUCGGAGUCCAUGGAAGAGCUCCGCGACCGCGUCAAGGGAGUUUCAGCCAAGCCCUUCAUGGAGACCCAGCCGACCCUGGACGCCCUACACUGUGACAUCGGUAACGCCACCGAGUUCUACAAAAUCUUCCAGGAUGAAAUCGGUGAAGUUCACCUGAAGAGCAACCCCAGCCGAGAGGAGAGACGACAGUGGCGCUCGGCCCUGGACAAGCAGCUGAGGAAGAGGCUGAAGCUGAAGCCGGUGAUGCGCAUGAAUGGCAACUUCGCCCGGCGGUUGAUGACCCGCGAGGCGGUAGAUGCCGUGUGUGAGGUGGUACCAUCGGAGGAGCGGAGGGAGGCCCUCAGGGAGCUCGUGGAGCUGUACCUGCAGAUGAAGCCCGUUUGGCGCUCCACCGUUCCAGCUAAGGACUGCCCUGACCAGUUGUGCCGCUACAGCUUCAACUCCCAGCGCUUUGCGGACCUCCUGUCCACCACCUUCAAGCACCGCUAUGACGGCAAGAUCACCAACUACCUCCACAAGACCCUCGCCCAUGUUCCUGAAAUCAUCGAGAGGGACGGCUCCAUUGGGGCCUGGGCCAGCGAGGGAAACGAAUCUGGCAACAAGCUGUUUCGCCGCUUCCGCAAGAUGAACGCCCGGCAGUCCAAGACCUUCGAGCUGGAGGAUGUGCUGAAGCACCACUGGCUCUACACCUCCAAGUAUCUGCAGAAGUUCAUGGAGGCACACAAGAACUCUGCCAAGGCCCUGCAAGCCACCAUUGACCCAGUGGAGACCCAAGAUGACCUGGGCGAAUCACUGGAUGUCGCAGACUCUUUGGAACUUUGA